UUCCCUCCUCUUUUAAGAUCUUAUAUUGACAAAAAGGCAAUCUAAAUUUGCUUCUAUCAAUUUACUUAUUCCUUUCUUUCGUUCAAUUUCUCUUUCCCACAACUGGUUCUAAGGAAUGUUCCUUCUCCUACUCUCCUAGCCAAAGCCUUGCUAUUUCCCGUUAUCAACUUGUUAUAAAUACAUUAAAGCACCAAGUGAAACACAAAACUACAUUGUGAAUCCAAAAUCUUUCUGUUUCUUAAAGCAUCUUGUGUUAUAUUUGGUUGAAAUGGCUUCCGGACCAGUUCUCAAGCGUUCUGAAACGAUUGCAGAAAGUAUGCCCGAUGCGUUGAGGCAGAGCCGCUAUCACAUGAAGAUAUGCUUUUCCAGCUUUGUUGCAACUGGGAAAAAACUUUUGAAACGCCAACAUAUAAUGGAUGAAAUGGAGAAAUCGAUACAAGACAAGGUUGAAAGGAAAAGGGUCUUGGAAGGCUUACUUGGUUACAUCAUGAGUGCCACUCAGGAGGCAGCCGUUAUUCCACCUUAUGUUGCUUUUGCUGUAAGGCCAAAUCCUGGAUUCUGGGAAUACGUUAAAGUGAAUGCUGAAGAUCUGAGUGUUGAUGGCAUCUCUGCAUCAGAAUACUUGCAGUUCAAAGAAAUGAUCUUUGACGAAAACUGGGCCAGCGAUGAAAAUGCUCUGGAAAUAGAUUUUGGAGCCAUGGAUUUCUCAACUCCUCGCUUGACCCUUUCUUCUUCUAUUGGGAAUGGGAUGAAAUACAUCUCAAAAUUCAUGUCCUCAAAGCUUAAUGGGAGCUCUGGUAGUGCAAAGCCUCUGCUUGACUAUUUACUAGCCCUUGACUAUCAGGGAGAGAAUAUGAUGAUCAAUGAAAAGUUGGAUACAGUUGCCAAGCUUCAGGUGGCACUCCUUGGAGCUGAAGAUGUUCUCUCUGCAUUUCCAAAACACACACCGUAUCAGGAUUUUCAACAUAGCCUGAAAGAGUUAGGAUUUGAGAAGGGAUGGGGGAAUACUGCAGAAAGAGUUAAAGAGACCAUGAGAAUGCUUUCUGAAUCACUUCAAGCCCAAGAACCAGCAAAACUAGAAUUGUUCUUUGGCAGGCUUCCUAACAUGUUCAACAUUGUAAUUUUCUCUCCACAUGGCUAUUUUGGCCAGGCAGAUGUCCUUGGAUUGCCAGACACUGGUGGCCAGGUGGUUUACAUUCUUGAUCAAGUAAGAGCAUUAGAAGAAGAGCUGCUGCUCAGAAUCAAGCAGCAAGGCCUUAAUAUGAAGCCUCAGAUUCUUGUGAUAACGCGACUUAUACCAGAUGCUCGAGGAACCAAGUGCAACCAGGAGAUGGAACCUAUCAUUGACACAAAGCACUCUAACAUUCUUAGAGUCCCAUUCAUGACAGAGAAAGGGGUUCUUCCCCAAUGGGUCUCCCGUUUCGAUGUCUAUCCUUAUCUUGAAAAAUUUGCCCAGGAUGCUGCUGAUAAGGUUCUUGAACACAUGGAAUGUAAACCAGAUCUCAUUAUUGGGAAUUACAGUGAUGGAAACUUGGUGGCAUCUCUGAUGGCAAACAGACUUGGCAUAACUCUGGGAACUAUAGCUCAUGCUUUAGAGAAAACCAAGUAUGAAGAUUCAGAUGCCAAAUGGAAACAAUUAGAUCCCAAGUACCACUUCUCCUGUCAAUUCACAGCUGACAUGAUUGCAAUGAACACAGCUGAUUUUAUCAUAACCAGCACAUUCCAAGAAAUUGCAGGAAGCAAGGAUAGGCCUGGACAGUAUGAAAGCCAUGAGACAUUUACUAUGCCAGGACUUUGCCGGGUUGUCUCAGGCAUCAAUGUCUUUGAUCCAAAGUUCAACAUUGCUGCCCCUGGGGCUGACCAAUCCGUCUACUUUCCCUAUACAGAGAAACGAAGGCGGUUAACUUCUUUUUAUCCUGCCAUUGAAGAACUACUCUACAACAAGGAGGACAAUAAUGAACACAUUGGAUAUCUUGCAGACAGGAAGAAACCAAUUAUCUUCUCCAUGGCAAGACUUGAUACAGUGAAAAACAUUACAGGAUUAACUGAGUGGUAUGGACAGAAUAAAAGGCUUAGAAACUUGGUAAAUCUUGUCGUUGUAGCUGGAUUCUUUGAUCCAUCUAAAUCAAAAGAUAGAGAAGAAAUCGCAGAGAUAAACAAGAUGCAUGCUUUGAUAGCGAAAUACCAACUUAAGGGUCAGAUCAGAUGGAUAGCAGCUCAAACUGAUAGAUAUCGCAAUGGAGAGCUCUACCGGUGCAUUGCAGAUACAAAAGGAGCUUUUGUGCAGCCUGCAUUGUAUGAGGCUUUUGGUCUAACAGUCAUCGAGGCAAUGAACUGCGGUUUACCCACAUUUGCAACUAAUCAAGGAGGUCCAGCAGAAAUUAUUGUUGAUGGUGUCUCAGGAUUCCACAUUGAUCCCAACAAUGGAGAUGAAUCGAGCAACAAGAUUGCUGAUUUCUUUGAGAAAUGCAAGACAGAUCCUGAAUAUUGGAACAAGAUGUCAACAGCAGGCCUGCAACGUAUAUACGAAUGCUAUACGUGGAAGAUUUAUGCAAAUAAAGUGUUGAACAUGGGAUCCAUUUAUGGGUUUUGGAGGAAGCUAAACAAGGAACAGAAGUUUGCCAAGCAAAGAUACAUUGAAACGUUUUACAAUCUUCAAUUCAGGAAUUUGGUGAAGAACGUUCCUGUCCCAAGUGUUGAACCCCGAAAACUACCUUCCUUACCAUCAUCGGUUGCAACUAGUAAACCCCAAGAACAAGCUCCUAGUGCUCCAAGUAAACCUAAAAAAUCACAACCCACUGCCCCGAUGGAAAUUUCUGAACCUCAGACAACACCAAGACAAGAAGAAACGGAGAAGAAGCAACUUGUCUCGACUCAAAGCAAUCGAGUAUGGAUAUCAUGGAGUUGGUGGUUCCUCAUAAUUACUUCUCUUUUUGCUGUUUGGUACGUGCUAAUGAAGUUGUAUAGCCUAUUCACACGAUGAGGAGAAGGUAAGAGACUCUUGUUAGAACAGAAUCAUAACCACUGCAAUCAAAUCAAGUAAAGAUGCAAUUAUAAUCAUCAUGCUCAGACUUUUCAAAACCAUGAUUGGUUCUUAGGAUAGAAAUACAAUGUAAUAAAUUCUCUUCCUCUCCCUAGCUAGUUCUUAUAUAUUUUCACCACCAGCAGGAAAACAAUAUGAAUAAAAGGCAAUCUUUUCUACAA